AUGUUUGCCAGCCCUGUGACUUCUACUCCAUUUUCUGUUAAAGACAUUUUGAACUUGGAGCAACAUCAGACAGGUCUGUCUGCAAUGGACAUAUCCCCAAGGCUGGAGGCCUCUUCGUGCAUGUUGUCCAGCUUCAAGCAGGAAUCCUACCCUGGAACGCCAUGUCUUUCCGAUCUCAGCGAGGAUCUGUCCCACAGAGAAGCCCCAAAAGCCUCCUCACCCUUCCCUGGAUCAUAUUUUGUUAAGAAUUAUAUGGAAAUGGACUCCCCCAAAGACCACAAAGACGACAAAAAAGAACUCUGCUCUUUACAGAAAAACCUGGAAAACGACAAAAGAGACUUGGACGAACAAGAGAGACCAAGACAAAGGAAAAGAAGGAAGCCCAGGGUAUUGUUUUCCCAGGCUCAGGUAUAUGAACUGGAGAGGAGAUUCAAGCAACAAAAGUAUCUGUCAGCUCCAGAGAGAGACCAUUUAGCCAAUGUCUUGAAGCUCACCUCCACCCAGGUGAAAAUCUGGUUCCAAAACAGAAGAUACAAAUGUAAAAGACAGAGGCAAGAUCAGACUUUGGAGAUGGUGGGUCUCCCACCCCCAAGGAGGAUAGCUGUGCCAGUGCUGGUGAGGGAUGGGAAGCCUUGUCUGGGGGAGUCAUCACCUUACAACUCAUCCUACAAUGUCAGCAUCAACCCUUACAGCUACAACACUUACCCUGCUUACUCCAACUACAGCAACCCAGCCUGUAGUGGCAGCUAUAACUGCAGUUACUCAUCCAUGCCCACCCUGCAGCCCACCACAGCUGCCAAUAACUUCAUGAAUUUUAGCGUGGGGGACUUAAACACAGUGCAAACUCCAAUCCAGCAGGGAAGUAGCGUAUCUGCACUGCAUGGUAUCAGAGCCUGGUAA